UUGUCUUGUCAAACAAAUCGAAAAUGUCAGGAGUGUGUACAGAAAUUAUAGAUGAUAUUGAAGAUUUAAUAUCUUCGCAAGAUAUAACUCCAAAGGAGAGAUAUGCAAGCCGGAAAAAUGUGAGCGUCCGAUCUAAGAAACGAGAUACACAGAAAUCCUCGGAGCCCGUUGAAAAGAUUAUUCUUGAAAGUGUUGUGCCAGGCACUCAAACAAUUUAUGUAAAAACAUGGGGCUGCGCACACAACAACUCAGACUCGGAGUACAUGGCGGGGCUCUUAGCAGCUCAUGGAUACCGUCUCACUGAGGACAAAUUUGCCGCUCAGCUGUGGUUACUCAACUCGUGCACCGUAAAGAGUCCUUCGGAGGACCAUUUUAAAAAUGAGAUAGAGCUCGGUCGCAGCCACGGUAUCCAUGUGGUGGUGGCGGGCUGUGUGCCUCAGGGUGCCCCCCGCAGCGGGUAUUUGCAGGGGCUCAGCGUGGUGGGCGUGCAACAGAUUGAUAGGAUUGUCGAGAUUGUUGAGGAGACACUCAAAGGCCAUACGGUGCGUCUCUUUGGUCAAAAGAAGACAGAUGACGGUCGCAAAGCGGGCGGCGCCUCUCUCCUCAUGCCGAAAGUUCGCAAGAACCCUCUCGUAGAAAUCAUAUCAAUUAACACGGGAUGCUUGAACCAAUGUACAUAUUGUAAAACGAAGCAUGCCCGGGGUGAGUUGGGAAGUUAUCCCCCGGAAGAGAUUGUGGAACGAGCGAGGCAGUCGUUCAAGGAGGGUGUUGUGGAAAUCUGGUUGACUAGUGAGGACACAGGCACAUACGGUCGAGACAUAGGCACGUCUCUGCCGGAGCUGCUGUCGGCGCUGGCGCGGGAGCUGCCGCCGGCCGCGCGCCUGCGCCUGGGCAUGACCAACCCGCCCUACAUCCUGGAGCAUCUGCCUAGCGUGGCCCGCAUCAUGAAACACCCUAGGGUUUACAAGUUCCUCCACGUGCCCGUGCAAUCUGGCAGCGACCAAGUGUUGGCGGACAUGAAGAGGGAAUACACUGUAGCGGACUUCGAGAGAGUCGUCGACUAUCUGCGGGAACACGUACCGGGCAUCACGAUAGCCACAGACAUAAUCUGCGGGUUCCCCACGGAGACCGACGAGGAUUUCAAGCGAACCCUGGAGCUGUGUGACAAGUACCGCUUCCCGUCGCUCUUCAUCAACCAAUUCUUCCCGAGGCCAGGGACGCCUGCUGCCAAGAUGCCAAGGGUACCAGGUCAAGAAGUAAAGAAACGAACGAAAAUACUAUCGGAACUGUUCAGGUCUUACGAACCUUAUGGGCACAAAGUGGGCGAGGUCCAGGAGGUAUUGGUCACGGAUAUAUCCCACGACAAGAAUUAUUUCGUCGCACACAACGAGUUUUACGAACAGGUAUUAAUACCGAAAGAAGAAAAAUACAUGGGCAAAAUUGUCACAGUCAAAAUUACCAGCGCGACGAAAUUCUCUAUGAUGGGAGAGCCCAUAGACAAACCGAAAAUGGCGGGAAUCUCAGCGCCUUUGAAGAAAGGAGAAGUUUCCGGCAUCGAAAUCGAAACCAUAAACAAGAAAUCGGUACCGAUACCGGUUCUUGUGGUAUUGUUCGCUGUGUUAUUAAGAUUAGUGUGGAUGUUUUUAUAGUUUUAAUAAAUUGUUAAGGAUAAUAUUUA